AUGCUGAAUGUAGUUUUUCUACUAAGUUAUAUUUACCAAUUUAAAACAAUAGUACCAACGAAGUCAUCAUUCGACAACAUUCUUGACGAUGAAGCUUCCAGUCAACUAAAUGCUAAGCAACCUCGCCAUAGCCUUAACCUAACAUCUGACGGCAAUGAUCGUUCAGAGAAUAAUGGAGCACGCACUCCAUCUUAUAAUGAGAGUAGCAGUAUUGUCGAAGAUCACGGCAAGAAAUACGGAGAGAAUUUACCGAAAACGAUUCGUGAUAUCGGGCCACGACCAGUUGAAUGGAAAGAUGUACCGGACGAUGCGAUGUUGAACCUUAUGUACACACAAUUGUCGAAUAAGGUCCUCAACAGUCUUUUCCCAUCUGUAUGGACACCAAAUGGGGCAUUUAAAGCAACAUACAAGCAUUUGCAAGAGAUGCCGAGUCGAGCUGUCAAAAAGGAUAAGACUAUACCGAAUAAGGGAUAUUUGGAAUGGUGUAUCAUCUUCGGCAAAGUCUUUCAGUGCCAUCCUGCUGUUGUCACUCCUGAUUGGAGUCGAAUAAUUGUUCGUCUUAGUCGGUCAAGUCAUGAAGUGCCAGUUUUUGGUCGAGAUGGGAUGGUGAGACGCACCAUUACUGCUGCAAAAGCAUGGAAUGAGCUCCAUGUAGAUCAAAAGUUUUUGAUCAUAUAUCAUAUACGCACUCGAAAUAGCAGUUGCGCCGACCUCUCAUCGAAGGAGGGGGAUAUCCAAGAAGUUCUCAGACUCCUUGAAGGUGCCAACAAUCGUCCUGGUACAUCAGUCGAGCUUCUCUCCAUCGGUAUUGAUAGAUUCAGUACCAAUGUUGAACGCUUAGCGUGGUUAACCAACAAGUUUUUGAGCCUGGAUUUGCGACUAGUAAUAGUUGUUCCGGAAAAGUUUCCUGGCCCAGAAUACAUCUUUCGCCAUAACUCUAAUGGCAUUAGAUAUGGAAAUUUUCGCAUGUCUGGCAUUGCAGCGGUGGUCAACAAUGAGCAUCCUGAGAAUCGUGAAGCAGCCAAGGAUUUGGUACAGAUACUACGAUUUAUUAACGCUGGGAAACAAGGAACUGAUGGCAAUGGGGUGGCUUAUAAGAAGUGGACUGAAAAUCGAAAUGGAUUUCGAAUUUGUCCAGAUGCAGAACAUGUUACUGGUAUAGAUCCAUUAGCACCAGUCAUGUCACGAAAGCUUCAGCAUAUUUAA